CAUAGGUUUGUAGUUAUCAACUUAAGAGUGAAUAUUUAGUAACAUGGCACAGGAAAAGUCCUUUAUCUUCCUGGGUAAGUUGGGUUCUCUGCCAUAACUUGUUUAUCAUCUUAGUCCAUACUUUUCCAAAGUCCGCAGUGUCUUCUUUAUUGGGUACACAUUGUCAUUAAAAAACCCCAAACAAACCUAAAGCUACUUGCAAUCCUAUUUUCCUCAUUCCUGAAACCUCCUAACCUGGUUGACUUGUUGGAGUGCAUUUCAUGCAUUCUUAGCAGAUAGGCUGAAGGAAACGCCUCAUUCAGCGAAGCUGGAGGCUAGAAAGUGUGGGGAGUUCAUGAAGGAGGCUUGUCUUCUGCUGCAGUUGCUGCAGUGCACUCAGAGCUGCCCAGGGAGGAUCCCAACCUGCUGGACACAACAUGAGUUGUUCCACAUCUGGAAAAUCUGACUAGUGUGACAGUGAGUUAAGGUGUAGCAACUAAUUACUCUUAGAAGUAUUUUUGUUUUGGAGAUCUGUGUACAAAGGGAUUAAGGACUGUUGGUCACUGAAAAUGGAGGAAACAAGGAAGUUUUCCCCAAAGCCAAGUAAAAGCAAAGAGCCUGUGAAAACAGAAUGGAGAUCUCAGAGUGUGGUGUUCACCUAUUUCCAAGGGGACAUUAACAGCAUGGUAGAUCAACAUUUUUCUAGAGCUCUUGGCAAUGCCAAGAACCCCCAAGACCUGAGCACAAAGCACAAGGGUGAGAUGGUUGUCCUGAAAAAUGUAGACAGCAUGUCUCCCCAUCAGUGGAAUUUCUCUUCACAUUGCUACAAACCAUAUCCAUCAUCAUCUUCAACAAGUAUGGCAAAUUCUGCUCUGAAUUUUUCUGCUGCUGGUGUGGUAGGCCAGUGCCAGCCAUCAUCUCUGCGGAGUCGUCCAGCUCAACCUGCAGAUUUAUGGCCCUUCACUCCAACUGGGACUCCCAGCAUCACGGGCUCAGUUUAUCCUCACACCGUCCCUGACCUGCAUGCAGCUGAUGAGCUGAUCUCUGACAGGAAAUACAGUUCUCUUCUUGGCCUUCUGCAACAGGAAAGGUGCUUAACAUCCAUGCAAGAAUGCACCAUGAAGCAACACCCAAGUUCUGCUUGUAUGACUGGACCUGCGAGAUUACAAAAUUUGAGUCAAAGUUCAGCUCCUGAGGGAGAGAGGAAAGCAAACUCUUAUCAAGGCUCAGAAAAUCCCAGUGUAAGCCAUGCCACUACAGGUAUUCAGAUUCAAGACAGAAGACGAGAUUUGUACUUCUAGCAACUGAAUGUUUCUAUUGUGUUCUGAAAGAGAAAGUUAUUUCUGUGAACUUUUAUCAUUUGCAACUGUGAAUCAAGAAGAAAUUAACUGCAGCUAUCCUGUGUUUUUUUUUCUCUCAGCUGGAAGAAUGCAUGUACUAUUUACUGUUUGGGGAAGGACAAAAUAACCCUUUUCUGUACAGUAAAUAGUUUCUAAUGUUUGUGGUAUUAGCCUGGCAGAACUUUUGUUGUGCCAAUACAUUGUCUAUUUAAGGCUUUUCAUGUAGCUUUCUUGAAAGGACUCCUGCACUUUUUAAUCUUUCUGUGUUUAUUAAUUCACCACUUCCUGAUAAGAAGCACAAUUCUUAUCAAUGCAGCUGAUAACCCCUAAGUGCAGGGAUGCAGUUAGCAUAAAUUCCGUUGAUUUGAUAUCUUCAUAUUGUUUAAAAUAGUCUUAGGCCACUGGCAAGAGACUUCAACUACAGGGCAGCAAAACACAUUAUUGUAUUUAUGUUUGAAAAAUGCAACAAUUUGUGACCGUGCUUGCAAUUCCUAGGGAUACUCUUCAGAAGUUAUAUAAUAUACUUAUGCCUGAAGGCUCUUUUUUGCCCUCUUACUAAUGUAUAAUCAUCAUCUAGAAAGCAGUGAAUUCACAGUAGCUCUGAGAGGAAACCCAGAUUCUCAUUGGGUGCAAUUAAAAUACCGUUCAGCAAAAAGCUGCAGGUAGGAGUGUACUAUUUUUCCAGCCUCCCUGCAGGUGUAAAAGAUGCUUUUUGUUAAUAAGCUCUGUAGGAUUGUUUUUUCCUUCUCCAUUGGUUAUACAUUAACAUGAUAUAAAGGAGCAUGAUUAGCUUUUUCUGACAGCUCUAUGCAGUUGCUGAAAGCAAUUUGACCUUUAUCACAGAGCUCGUGAUUUUAUAGAACAAAUCCUGAGCUACUAUAAAUGUUUGUUGUACCAGAUCUUUCUGCUGCCACUGCUCCAGUUAUAACACCUUGUGUAAUUCUAUAAAUAAUAGGAGUUUAGCAACAACAGAUGUUUAUGUUACUAAUUUACAAACUGAGAUUUUUUUAAAGAAUUAUUUUUUAAAUUUUAUAAGUUUGCUCUAGUAGUUACAUGUUCUACAUCAAUCUGAGAUCACAAACGGAACUGUUUUAACUAAACUAAUAAAAGAUACACCAACAUCCUGUCUCCCUAUAGAUAAGCACUGAAAAAAAACCCCACUCCUUUUUAAUAUUUCUACAAAAAUCUCUUUCUUCUCUUUUAAGUUAAAGAAUACUUCUCCAAGUAUUUUUCUUUUGUUAUCCCAAGUCACUUAAUUCCCUGAUUUUUAAGGCUAUGUGGUAAUACAAUCUGAUUUCCUGUAUGGGCCAAAGUAAAGAUUUUCAACCUGCAUUCUGUACAUCUGUCUUACUGUCAUGUGCUAUAAUUCUAGUGAAUUAUGAUUCUAUUGCUUCAAAAUACUGAAAUAUACUUUCCUCCCUCUUCCAUCCCUUCCAAAGGAAAAUGCUUAUAUAAUUUCUCUGCAAGGUCUGAGAAGACAGUAUAUUUAAAUGCUCUUAAAUGUAAUGCUUCCUGGGGCAAUUUGUUUUACAGCUGGGAAUAUUCAAGAUGACUUAUAAAGCCCUUGUUCUGGUGAAUCGGCCAAGUGUGGGGGAAAAAACCCUUUCUUUAAAUGGAUGUCCCUUAUUGCAAGAACAUGAGGCAUCAGUGGCUCUGCCUUGACAGGGUUAUGCUGUGAGCCAUUGCUGCAGGUUUGCGUCCUCAUUGUCCAGCUGUCUGGCAGACCUGGGGACAGGGAAUGAGUGUCCAAGUAGCCCAAGGGUCCCUGGACGCCUUGUCAGUGCU